UUUGUAACCAUCUAAGCCUUAAGUUGUUUAAUUCUUGAUUGAAUCCUCGUAUUAUAGAUGCACAUCCUGUAUCAACAUAUCACCUAUCUCAUAUGGUUCCUUCUAAUGUUCCCAAAGUCGGGCAUCGUUGUCCCUAUAAUGAUAAAAACCCAACCCAUCAAUUCCCUUCAAGCUACUAUACUCAUUAUAUGCCUCUUUCCCUUCUCUUCCAUAAAAUGUAACAGGUAUAUGCAAAAACAACAUGACUUAGCCAGCAAUAAGCGCCAGCUUAUGGGUAUAAGAUAGGGGAGCGUGUCCCCGACACCAACACUCUAAAGGCAACCGCUGCACAUGUAAGGAUACUUAAUCCCUUGCUUAGAGACAUGCU